AAAUGAAAUCUCCUCCCCAACACAAGCAGAAUGGACUAGAACAAUAGACAUGGCUAUGGCUAAAUGAUUUAUUUAGCCAUGGCCAUAAAUUCAGCCCUUUUCAGUGCCAGCUCAUAAGCAGUGUGUUGACGCAGAUUUGUCCACAUGGCUCUGUGCGCUUUGUAGAACUUCCCCUCUUUCUGGGACAGUCACAAGCGCUUCGGCACAGAGGACAAGCAGUGCUUUGUAGCAACGCUCAAGGCCUGUCUUAGCGAUUUGAGCACACAAAGUAGAUGCUGCUCGAAGCAUGAAUGACCAUGCCGACUUAUUAGGCGAUGAAAGCGUGAUGUUGCCGCCUUUGCUCUUUCCUGCUGGCUCCUACAGGAAAUGAGGGGCUCGGCUGUGCAACUCGGCUGCAGCUGCGCGGCUCGUCUUUCCUCCUUUUCACCUCUCUGUCUCUCAACAACGGCUUUUAUAGACUUGACCACCGCUAACGUACAUCUUCAGACGUCCGUAUCUGCUUUUUUAAAGGAAUAUACCAUCUCCUUCGACAGUAACAAGGUGGUUCUUCAGAUUUGAUCUCUGGGGACAUGAGCUGACACCGGGCUGGCCUGGCUUUUGUGCUGUGCUCUGUUCAAAAUAACCCCCUUAUACAGACACACUCAUAGACGUACACACUCAUAGCCACACCUGCACACACUGACACUUGGUUUUAGCAGCGUGGCGGGCAGUGAGGCUGAGCGCGAUGGCUCAGAGGAGCAGGGCCAUGUGCCUUUGCCCCACAGAGCACUGGUGAGUGUAGGGGUGCUGUUGGUGGCCCUCGGCGUCGUCCUCAUGAUGUUUGCUACAGUGUACACUGGUGCAUUUGGGUCAGCCCUUGCUGCCCUUGGCUUCGGUGUUCUCAUCUACUCCUUCUGCAGAGUGAUGAAGUCCAGCAACCAUAACAUGACCAUCCCAGGUCACUUCCUGCUGCACUCACGCACCGGCACCCAGUACACGUAUGAGCAAGCCAUCGCUUUGCAGAGGCGGCUGGACAGGAUCCGCAGGGCUUCAGCAGAAGAGCGGCGCUCAGCCCAGAACCCCCCUCCAGUACUCACCAGUCUCCAAAGCCUACCUGGAACGCCACCUCCCUGGGACAUGGAGCCUCCCCCAUCCUAUGAAACUGUCAUGAAGACCACCACCCUCCCACAGCCAGCUAUGAUUAUGACUCAGCCUUCCUGACCACAUGAGAACAAUGAUAACCAAUUAGGUGCUAAUGAGAGCUAAGUGCCGAGUCCCAGGCUGUAUGUUUUCAGUAUUUGUUGUAAAUCACUCAGGCAGUUUGAAAACCAUAAGUGACCAUUAUGAGAUCAUCUGAUUCUUAGUAGCACAUGCAUUGCCUCAUCAAUGGCGUAAUGCUAGUCAUAUGACUUUUUAUGACCUAUAAUAACAAGUAACAUGCAACUUUAACCCUUUGUAGAAAAUUGUCUGUGUUUUUACUCCUUAGAAUUGUUCCUGACAUGGAAAUCCCCAGCAGAGUAAAUUCUUCAGACAUUGAGUCAUUAGGAGUUAAGAGUUGCCCAAAUGAGUUUUUUUUUUUUUUCUAACAGAUGGCCAAAAAGUUUAGAGCUGUUGCUAAAGCUCUGCUAAAAGUGGGAUAGGAGUCAAAUUUAUGGCUGAUAAAUGAGCUGACUGCUUGUUUUUUUGUACUUUAAGUACACAAUUUUCAGGGAGUACUUUUGGUUCGGUUUCUCCUUCGCCGAUGGGCAAAAAAACAGAUUUCCAGAUAUUUACACCAGGAGAAAAAUAUUUUCUCCAUAUCAUUUUAUAAUGAUUGAGGCAAAUAGUUUAAGUAUGUCUUUUUUGUACUUUAAUGCAGUGGUGGAUAAAAUGGGAAAGUAGUACUCCUCAGGAAAAAAAAAAAAAGUUUGGCCCUCUGGGGAAGGCGUUUAUAGAAUGCUAGAGCAGAGAGUUUCCGUAUGAGAAAAACUCUCAACUAUCCAAAGAACACUUUACAAAAGCAUUUUCUUUUCUAAACAUGAAUGACAGAGAAAAGGCUGUACUGUAGAUGUGUCUGUAGAACCACAUGCAAAGUCAUAGCUGUAUUUAAUAACAGAUUUAACAUGAAUCUUUUUGUCUGAAUAGUUUCCUUUUAUAGUUGCUUCCAGAGUUUGACAGGGAAGAGAGAAAGUUCUUAUAUCCAGACAGCAUUUUUAAUUGAUCCUGACAAUCCGUGAGCUGGAUGUUUCAGAUCCAGACUAAUGCCUGGUGGGGCAUUUACAUUUCUACAUAACAAAAGAGCACAAUGCACAUGAAAAAAUGGCCAGAAAGACAGAAUGGGGAAAAAAUGAUAAUGAAAGAAUAAUAUAAUAUCCCUGCUAGGUAUUGACAGUGCCAAGUACAGUGCUGUAAUGUUGCCAACAGGAAAGUGUGACAAAAUACUUCACCCCACCUUCCAGACCCUUUACAGUCUUCAGAUCAUCGUAGAUACUUUCAUGACAAUCCUGCAGUAUUAGUGCCACUACAGCACUAUGGUGAAAAUGGGCCCUGAAAGGGAAUAGAUUUUUGGCUAAGCCGAUAGACAGACUAGAUUGUAAUAGAAGUUUCAAAGUUUGUGUGUUUAUAACUCUUGUGUGUGUAUGGUACUUUACUGGUCUUGCUUUGCUAGCUGAAAGCAUCUUCUGUUAUAACUGUGUAUUUAUCCUGACUGCCAAUUUUUUGAAACAAUGUAAAUUCUUGGUAGUGCCUUGGACCACUGAUCAGUUUAAUGGCUCAUAAACUUUAACGUCUUGGACCAGCGUGUGUUAUUUAAGAGGAAGUCAUUCUUGAUUUUCAUUUUGCCACAAGUUUAUGUAGUGACAUGUUAUAAAAGAAGUGCACUGCCCUGAAUGAAUGUAAAACACUUCUCUUUUCCACUACUUCCCUUUUUAUUCACAAUACUUACUAUACAGGCUUAUGUGCAACAGGCAUUUUAAAUCAAAUAUACUGUAUGUUUGUGUUGUGUAUUUGCUUAACUUUUGUAUAAAUCUAACUUUUUAAUGUGUCACUCUUUAUGAUAUUUUGAUG